GCCGCCAUGAAGACAGAAGAAGAAGCUGCUCCCUUCUUGUCUGAAACAGGACUGACCCUUCGCACUGAAGCAGUCCAGUCCACCAACCGAACCGAACCGAACUGAGCUGAAGCUGGUUCACCGUCAGAGCCAACAUGAACGAGUCGGCAGGAGUUCGGUUCAGACGGCUGAACAGACCGCAGGUCAUCACGGAGGAAGUUCCGGAGCGGAGACACAAAGGAUCCAGCACCUACAGUGGGAAGGUGUUUCAGGUGACUCUGCUGUCACUGGGGGGGUUUCUGCUUUUUCCUCUCCUUGUCAUCAUCCUCAUCCUUGAGUCACCCAUCCAGCCAGAAGCUUUCAGUUUGAAGGACCCCCCUUCAAUGAAGGGCUGCUGGGAGCCAAACCUGAAGCUUCGAGAGGCCCAGAGACUCUUCGAAGACCAGCUUAUUGGACCAGAGUCCAUCACCAACAUCGGAGACGUCCUUUUCACUGGAACAGCUGAUGGCAAAAUCUUAAAGCUAAUUGGUCAAAAAAUUGUCACAGUGGCAAGACUCGGCAGCCCGCCGUGCGGCUCCAGCGAUGAUGAACCCACCUGUGGGAGGCCUCUGGGGAUGAGGGUCGGACCCAACGGGACUCUGUUUGUAGCUGAUGCCUACCUGGGCCUGUUUGAAGUCAACCCUACGACAGGUGCAGCAACCAAGUUGGUGUCAGGUGGUCAGGUGGUCGCUGGCAGGAAGUUGUCAUUCAUCAAUGACUUGACGGUGACACGGGAUGGAAAGAAGGUGUACUUCACUGACUCCAGCAGCAGGUGGCAGCGCAGAAACUACAUGUACCUCAUCAUGGAGGCCACUGCAGACGGGCGAGUGUUGGAGUAUGAUAUGGAGACCAGAGAGCUUUCGGUCAUCAUGGAAAACCUGCGAUUCCCAAACGGCAUCCAGCUGUUGCCUGAUGAGGAGUCUGUUCUGGUUGCAGAGACCACCAUGGCUCGGAUUCGUAGAGUCCAUGUAGCCGGUCUGAACAAGGGAGGGAUGGACACAUUCAUAGACAACCUGCCUGGUUUUCCUGACAAUAUUCGUCCAAGCUCAAAUGGAGGCUACUGGGUGGCCAUGUCUGCAGUCAGACCUAACCCUGGCUUCUCAAUGCUGGACUUCCUGGCCCAGAGACCCUGGAUUAAAAAAUUUAUAUUCAAGCUCUUCAGUCAGGAUGUUCUGAUGAGGUUCGUUCCCCGGUACAGCUUGGUGGCAGAGCUCUAUGAUGGUGGCGCCUGCACACGGAGUUUUCAUGACCCCAACGGCCUGGUGGCAGCCUACGUCAGUGAGGUCCAUGAGCACGAUGGCAAUUUGUACAUAGGUUCCUUUCGCUCGCCGUACAUAGCCAAACUGGAUCUGCAUAAGGUUUGAGGAGCAGACGUUUGGACUGUCUGGGACUAAAAGAUCAGUUGAACAGUGAUGGCUGGUUUUUCUGCAGAGAGCCAACAUUUCUGUAAAUCUCGUUGUCUAUAUGGACUCGGUUCAAACACUGGCGGGCAGUCCUGUGGGCUUGUCUUUUUUACGAUUUCUAACUUCUGUUCAUAUCUGUUGUGUUUAAAGACGGCGUGAACAGAUGUGGAACCGGUAUUAAACGUUUCAGGAAGGAAAA